UCCUUCCGGGGCGGCUUGCUGGGCCUCAUGGAGGCUGUUCGGCCGGACGGCGGCGAGAGAGGGACGGCGGCGCCGCGAGCUGAGGAGAGGCCGGUGCCCGAGGCGAGAGUGCACUUCCGAGUAACCCGGUUUAUCAUGGAGGCAGGCGUCAAGCUAGGCAUGCAGUCCAUCCCCAUCGCCACCGCGUGCACCAUUUACCAUAAGUUCUUCUGCGAGAUCAACCUGGACGCUUAUGACCUCUACCUGGUCGCCAUGUCUUCCAUUUACUUGGCCGGGAAAGUGGAGGAGCAACAUUUGCGUACUCGUGACAUCAUCAACGUGUCGCACAGGUACUUUAACCCGGGCAGCGAGCCGUUGGAGCUGGAUUCCCGUUUCUGGGAGCUGCGAGACAGCAUUGUGCAAUGUGAGCUUCUUAUGCUACGAGUUCUGCGCUUCCAGGUCUCUUUCCAGCACCCGCACAAGUACCUGCUGCACUACUUGAUUUCCCUCAAGAACUGGCUGAAUCGUUACAGCUGGCAGCGAACCCCUAUCUCUGUUACAGCCUGGGCCCUGCUACGAGAUAGCUACCAUGGGGGCCUGUGCCUCCGCUUCCAGGCUCAGCACCUAGCCGUGGCAGUGCUCUACCUGGCCCUACAGGUCUAUGGAGUCGAGGUGCCUGCAGAGGGUGAGGCCGAGAAGCCUUGGUGGCAAGUGUUUAGUGACGACCUCACCAAGCCGAUCAUUGAUAAUAUUGUGUCUGAUCUCAUUCAGAUUUAUACUAUGGAUACAGAGAUCCCUUAAGGCCCUGGCCGAGGCCUGACCAAAGACCAGUAUUAUCAGCAGCCUGGUAUGGUGCCACCAAGUUGCUGUGAUGGCAGGUCUCAGCUGUCAUUGUGUUCCCAGCAGCCCUCGUCCAAAUAAUGCCAAGAACCUCCAUGUGAGCAGGACAUAUUCAGCUUCUUAGAAGUGGCAGCAUUAUCAAAUUUUUGCCCCUUGAGAAGAUGCUGCAUUUGAGACAUGGACCAUUGCAAUUGAGGUGUGAGGUCACCGGCUGGCAGGUUACAGAAUAGAUGGGACUGCACUCUUAGGCGUUUUUAAAAAAAACAGAUUUGGAGAAAUAUGAAUGUGUAACAUGGAAUCUUAUUUUGUUUAAUAAAAUUAUGCAAAUAAAAUAUGGG